AUGGAAUUCUGGGGCCCGCGCAUGGAUUACGACGAAGAAGAAGAGGCGGACUGCAUUCGUAUUAUCCCAGUCACUCACCGCGGCCAAGGCGACAUUGUCCCGCUCGUCAAGAAGAAUCCACAAGAUCCUGCUACGUAUACGUUCAACUAUCAACGUGAUACCUACUCCGUCGCUUCGGUAUCUCCCCUGGUCUUUCACAAACUCCCUUACCUCUCUUCCAGCAACCCCGAGCUAUCCUCGUUCACAAACACGAAAGGUCUUAACCUUGAGAAGGUUCGGGAGCUUCAUGAUCUCUACGGCGGCAAUGAAUUCGAUAUCCCCAUACCAUCCUUCACCGAACUAUUUGGCGAACAUGCGACAGCCCCCUUCUUCGUUUUCCAAAUAUUCUGUGUCGCUCUUUGGUGUAUGGACGAAUAUUGGUACUAUAGUUUGUUCACGCUAUUUAUGUUGAUUGUAUUCGAGUGUACUGUCGUGUGGCAACGCGUCCGAACCCUGACGGAGUUUCGCACUAUGUCUGUUGCACCAUACCCGAUUCAGUGCUUCCGCGACUCGAAGUGGACAGAGAUUCAAACUGACGCGCUCGUCCCUGGAGAUGUAGUCUCUCUUACUCGCCUACAAACCGAGACGGUCAUACCAGCGGAUAUUCUACUCAUUGACGGCACAUGUAUCGUCAACGAGGCUAUGCUGUCUGGCGAAUCGACACCUCUGUUGAAGGAGUCCAUCCAGCUGCUGGAGGGUUCUGACCGUCUUGACGUCGAUGGCGCCCACAAAAAUUACACACUCUUCUCCGGGACGAAGGUACUGCAAACAGGCUCAUCAGGCAUGGCGACUUUGAAGACGCCGGAUGGAGGGUGUCUCGGGGUUGUUUUGCGCACUGGCUUCGGGACUGCUCAAGGUCAAUUAGUCAGGACCAUGAUUUUCUCCACCGAGCGAGUUUCCGCCAAUAACUUCGAGUCGUUCAUGUUCAUCGGUUUCCUUCUUAUCUUCGCUAUCGCAGCGAGUUGGUAUGUUUGGACCAAGGGUAUAGAACGUGGUUUGAAGAAGUCGAAGCUGUUGUUGGAUUGCAUUCUCAUCAUCACGAGUGUUGUCCCUCCUGAAUUGCCCAUGGAAUUGUCCCUCGCUGUCAACGCUUCCCUGGUCGCACUGUCUAAAUUUGCAAUUUUCUGUACGGAGCCUUUCCGCAUCCCAUCAGCCGGGCGCGUCAAUGUUUGCUGUUUUGACAAGACAGGUACAAUCACUGCUGAGAACCUUGUUCUAGAAGGUAUUAUCGGUGUCGACCCCAAAGAUCCGCACAAGUUGGUUAAUGUGAAGGACACGUCUCGCGAAACCACUUUAUGCCUGGCUGCGGCUCACGCUUUGGUGAGAUUGGAGGACGGAACAAUCGUUGGAGAUCCUAUGGAGAAAACCACAGUCGAAGUUCUAGACUGGAAACUGGAGAAAGGUGAUAUCCUUGUACCUGCCAAUGCCCAUGCGCCACAUCGCACGCAAAUUUCCAUUCGACGCCGAUUCCAAUUUUCUUCCGCGCUGAAGCGCAUGUCGUCCGUCUCUACGCUCCAGGGCGGGAAGACGAUUGCAGCUGUGAAGGGCGCACCGGAAACGAUUAAGGGAAUGCUAGCCACUGUCCCCGCUCACUAUGACGACACAUAUAAGACGUUUACGAGACAAGGAAGUCGCGUGUUGGCUCUGGGGUUCAAAGAGAUGGACCCCAUGUCUGUCGAUAAGAUCAACAAACUGUCUCGGGAGGCUGUAGAAAGCUCGUUGCAAUUCGCUGGUUUCCUGGUGUUCCACUGCCCGCUCAAAGCUGAUGCCGUAGAGUCACUUAAAAUGCUCGCAGAUUCAUCUCAUAGGUGUAUCAUGAUUACUGGGGACAAUCCGUUGACUGCCGUGCACGUCGCUCGGGAUGUGGAAAUCGUUGACAGGGACACCCUGAUCUUGGACUUGAAGGAGAACGCGGCGCACAGCAGCGACUUCGUAUGGAAGACUGUCGACGAGGCCAAGAUCAUCCCUGUUAACCCUGCUGAGCCCUUGGAUACCUCCCUAUUUGAGGAUUAUGAUAUCUGCAUCACUGGUGCGGCGAUGGCGGCGUUCGUGGACCGCCCGAGCUGGAAUGAUUUGGUUCAGAACACAUGGGUCUACGCACGGGUAUCUCCCUCGCAAAAGGAAACGAUUUUGACGACGUUGAAAACGCUUGGCUACACUACCCUGAUGGCUGGAGAUGGUACCAAUGACGUCGGGGCGUUGAAACAAGCGCACAUUGGUGUUGCUCUACUCGAUGGAACACCAGAAGACCUGCAAAAGAUUGCUGAACAUCAAAAGCAUGAGAGGAUCAAGAAGGUGUAUGAGAGUCAGCUGAAGAUCUCAGCUCGGUUCGGGCAGCCUCCUCCUCCUGUGCCCCCAGCCAUUGCCCACCUAUAUCCUACCGCAGUCGCGGCACAACAGCAGGCAGCAGCGGAUCUUCAGACUGCUCGACAGAAGAACCCAAUGGAGAAGUUUGAUAUGGCAUCCAUUACCGACAAGCUGGCCGAUAUGGAGGGAGAAGAUGAAGUCCCGAAGAUCAAACUCGGAGACGCGUCAUGUGCAGCGCCAUUUACUUCCAAGUUGUCUCACGUCUCAGCCAUCACCCAUAUCAUACGGCAAGGGCGAUGCACGCUGGUUGCGACGAUCCAGAUGUACAAGAUCCUGGCACUGAAUUGUCUUAUCACGGCGUACAGCUUGAGCGUCCAAUAUUUGGACGGCAUCAAGUUCGGCGACUACCAGGUUACAAUCACAGGCAUGUUGAUGUCGGUUUGCUUCUUGUGUAUCUCUCGCGCGAAGCCCGUGGAGAAGCUGUCGAGAGAGAGACCUCUCGGAAACAUCUUCAACCUCUAUGUUCUGCUCUCCGUCUUACUACAAUUCGCCCUGCACAUCGCGUCUUUGGUAUACAUCACUAAUCUUUCGCAUACCAUUGAGCCGCCUGGAAUCAUAGAUCUUGAAGCGAAGUUCGAACCCAGUCUCUUGAACACGGCCAUAUAUCUGCUUGGGCUCUCUCAGCAAGUGUCGACCUUUACCAUCAACUUCCAGGGACGGCCUUUCCGUGAGGGUAUUCGAGAGAAUCGCUCGUUGUAUUGGGGCUUGGUUGGAGCAAGUGCUGUGGCCUUCUCUGGCGCAACAGACUUCAUGCCUGAGCUGAAUCGCUGGCUCCAGAUUGUCGAAAUGGAUACUUCGUUCAAAUUCAAGCUGACCGCCACGAUGGUGAUCGACUUUGUGGGGUGCUGGUUGUUGGAGAUCAUCUGCAAGUAUUUGUUCGCGGAGCUUGAGCCGAAGCCGAUGAUUACGCGUGGGCGGGAGAGAAGGGAACAGAGGCGGAUUGAGCAGGAGGCGGCGAAGGCUGCCUCUGAAAAGAAGACAUUGUCCGAGAAGAAGGCACAGUAG